GGUCGCGGGUGUCACAACCGCGGCGCGGCGGAGAUGACCAAUCAUAACAAUAUAUUGCGGAACUUCAUGUGGCUCCUAUCACUUUACAAACGGGACGAAAACUUUACAAGUCGUUGCCAUCAUCUUCUCAGCCUAAAGCCAACAUGGAGCCCAAUAAUCGACCAGCCAAAAGACCUCGCCUGCAAGGACCUGACGGCUUCCAAGCAACGAAGAAUACCUCGAAACCCGCGUACAAACCUCCCCCACCCUUCGUGUCUUCUUUUGAUCCACCGAAGGCCAGGUCAUCAACAAAGGUUCCUGAUGACAAGCAGGACAAGUCGAAGCAUUCGAUUCAUGUUCGACAGCGACCGCAAAAUCCAUUUACUGCCGAACUCCCCGACUUUGGCGACACUUCACUCGGACGCGAGGCUAAGGGAAAGGAGAAAGAGGUAUCGGUUCGCCUAACCGGCAAUCGCAAGCGACCGAACCCAAUUAUCACUGCGAAUAACGCAGGGUCAGACAUAUCUCGCACGCCAAUCGUGAAGCGCCUCAUUAUUGCCCCUUCGGAAUCAGCAUCUGUACAUCCUCCUAUAUCCCGUCAAAAACCACUUUCCGCACCUCUUCGACCUCUUCAACCUCUCAAGCCACCUUCGUUUGUAAUCAGCGCCUCAGCAAAUGCAUCAUCUUCCAAACCUCGAUCUUUCUCAGUUCUCAAGCCACCUCCAAGGCCUCAGCCGAAUACUAAAACGAUCGUUCUGAAGCCUCUUGCUCCACCUAGCUUUGCUCCGUUUCCUUCAAAGAAAUUGUCGACUAACAUGAAGCCCAUCUCAUCUUUCGCGAUAAAUCCCACAAAGGACGGCGCAGGUGCUGAGCUGCUCUCGCUUUUCCUCCAACAGCACGGACACAACUUCGUCACUCCAUUCGAACGUGAGAUACAGCGCGGCAUUGGACUCAGCCCUAGCAAAAAUAAAAGCGCUAAAGGGAAAUUUGUACGGUACGUGCGCGUGUCGCGAGGUCAUUGGCCGAUUGUUACUGAAGCGCGCGAUACCAACAGUGGUGGAAUGGCGGCGCGUGCACAACACCUCAUCUCAGGCACAAGAACCGACUAUACCCUUUGGUGCCUACAGCUUAAACAGAGGCUCUCAUCUGCGUCACCCUCCGCACCGACUUUAUCGUGCGAUUUGCAGCUCCGUAUUCUACGAGUACUACCCCUUCCCACGAAAACCCCCACCCCUACUCGUGUGCACAUCGCUAUAUGCCGCAUCUCGUCGCGCCACAGGUUCGCCAACAUAACCGAUUUAAGAGAUCAAUGCUAUGUCGUCCUUUUUCCACACGUUAUCGAGCCGAGUCGUAAUUUCGAAGAGGGCAGGGAUGUCUUGGCCUGGAUGCCGUGGUACAAGGCUAUGCUCUCCCCUGUGGUGCCGAAGGAAGUAUUAGGAGGUCUUUCGGUUGAGCCAUUAAUGCCUCCAAGAAGCGUUAUUAUUGUACCACGAUGGCACAUUAUGCAGGCAGACUGAGUGAUAGGAGGAGCUAGGGUCUGUACCGGGCGCUGGGGUACCGCUACACUGGUACUUGUGUUUCAUAAUUAUAUUGCAUGGCGUUUUGAACGUACCUUUCAAGCUGCCGACGAGUCAGAUGCGAGUGUUCUCGCCGAUCCGCAUGUGAAAAACACCUCAUUCUAAACUGAUAUCUGGAAAGUCCCCCUCCUUCUGACAUGACUGAAAUAAGUCUUUCAAACUCCGUAACCAUGCUGUAUUUAACACUUAAGUUUAUGUAUACCCUUUUGACUGUACAUUAGAAUCCAGGCACGAUGCAAUCGGU